GGUUGACCAACACCUUAGCGGGUUUUCGUGUGUACCCGGACGCCUCUGGCUUCUGCAGUGAGCCAAUCACUGGUGAUUUUUGUGUCUUGUGCAUGUUCUUCCUCGCCCUGGUCUUUGGUGUAAUCUUUACUCAGCAGCAGCUGCAAAACGGCUACACCUACAGAGAGAAGAGCUGCCAGACGUGCACGUGCGAAGGCCCGUCACCAACUGCAUUUGUGCAAGAUUGGAGUGACCCCCUCGUCGCAUCAGCACGUCCACAGUUGGAUCAGGAAGCUGAGUGCUCACCAUUCUCUGGACAAGCACCACAUCGAACUGAUCAAAGCCAAGAUGACGGAAUCAUCAGGACAUGCUUGGAGAUGCGUCACCUGUAUGAAAAUUUGUGGCAAAAGCCACCAGUUUUGCGGAGUAUGUGGAAAAUCAUGGCACCUCUGUGCGGACCCUACCUUUGUCCCGGCCUCUUCCAGCACCAGACAAGUCCAAUGGUCCUAUGCCACCAAUUGGAACGACCCCGCUUGGGAGGAUACAGCCUGGCCGCAGGAGCAGGACAAUGGGGAACAAUGGACGGCAUCUCCACGACGACGUACAGUACCGAGGAGAAGAUCGAAGAAGGCCAAACCGCCGCAGCAGGAAGGAAAAGCAAAGGGCAAAGGCAAGGCUCAACGGAAGAAUCCCGAGGGGGAGACUCUUGGCCCGCCAUCCAUGGCAAGCCUGGCGGCAGCAGAUCCACCAUGGCUUACCAGCCUUAUGCAGCAGCCACCAGUGACACCAACGCCGAGUGCGACCCCACCGGAAGACAAGCAGAUCAAAACGAUCAUGGCCGCCCUGCGCAAGCACAACGACACCUUGCCGCCAGAACUGCAGGCCUUCGUGUCCGAAGCAGCUCAGAAGGAAAGCCAGCAGAAACCAAGCAGAUGCACCAUGCCGUAACAGCACAUGGGAAAGCCAAGAAGGAGCUCCAGCAAGCCCAACUGGCACGCCUCAAUUUGCAUGCAGCAUGGCGAGGUUUCCUUGGACACGCAGUCAACCUGUGGCAAGGCUACAGUGCUCAAUUUGUAGCGCAGGAAAAACAAAUGGCGGAACGUGUUACAGCAGCGGUGGACGCCCUAGAUCAGGCCAAAGUCAACUUGGCAAAGUCCAAGCAGACAGCCGGAGUAGAAGUCAAGGACGAUGCAAUGACCAUCAGCGAGGACGACACAGAAAAAGAUGUCUCAGGGCCGGCAGCGGAGAAAAUCAAACAGGGGAUUUCCAAUCUCCAUUCCAGCCUCGAAGCCCUCAAGUCCUCCGCAGAACAAAUGGUAGAAGAAGAACAGCAGGCCUUAAAAAGGCACUUGGCUUGGCACCUGGGUUGUUCUCUCCCCAAGUUCCUGACCCAGCAGUGUGAAAAAACUGAGACAUGCAAGGCCAAGUCGACCAGCAAGCAUGUCAAUUUUGCCGAUUAUGUAGACGUGCACCUCUAUUCGGAAGUUUCACCUUUCUCCAUUGUUUCACAAACAAGCCACCGCAAUGUCCAUGCUACCAUUUUGUCGGACACUGCCAAUUUUGACAGUUUUGUGAUGCACCCCAAGGGGAUACCAGAUACUCAUAUCCCCCAAUUUUGGACAACACGUGAAGCGCCUGCCGUGAACAGAAGCACCACAGCAGCGCACCGGACCUACUUUUGCAGUUUUGACCGAGAUGGAACCGACCAAAGUCCUGCGAUGAUAGCGAGGGUGCAAUCGGCCCACUUGAACCUGAUGCAUUCCCUCGACCAGCCUGGCACUGAGCACGAAGUAGCCCAGGUGCCCCUUGCUGGCUAUCAAGGUUCCAGCACACAUGAGGCGAUGACCCUGCACAGCCCCAUGAUGCAAAAGCCUGCUCAGACCGAUGUUGCCCAACCGCCAAUACAGCAGUAUCGAUUAGAGCAUCAAAGUCCGUUGGAUGAGCAAGCUGCAUCUGACGACCAGUCAGACGAUGAGCAGGACACCCCCGGUGAAGACGACAACAACCAGCAACCAUAUCAGCCAGCCUUUGCCAGCAGGCUUGAAGCACUGCUCAGUUUGAUCACUGUGCUGCCAACCAGACCAGAAAUUGGAGACAUGUAUGCAGUAGCCGGCUCAUUUCCUGAUACCAUCAGUGGUCAAGAUGUCAUCCAAAUUGCUGAUGCAGGACAGUUGGGAGCGGUACUGCAGUCCAUUACUGAUCUGAACCCCCAACCCUUGGGCAACAGCGUAGGCCUCAGUCAAGAUCAAAACAGGGGCUGUGGCCUCAUGAUCUUUCCAAGGGAGCUGUUACAUCCAGCUGACACGCCACAAAACAGGGAACCCCCUGUACAGACCGUGUCCACGACAGUGAGUGAGGUUGCAGCAGCCGACGUUAGCGAUCAACCUCCGCAGAACCUGAUUGUACAGCUGUCUCCGACCUUGAAACCCCUGUACAGUGCCACUGGCCACAGUCAGAAUGUCCACAGGCAAUGCACGCUGCAUCGGUACUUUGGUAGAGCCAAGACCACACCAAAGCGUAACUCCUCCUUGUGUCCUCGAAGGGGUCAGACCACGCUGCAUGCCUUUUUCCCCACCAAAGCACUAGCCAAUGAGCUACCAGCUCCUACAGAUGAUAGCCUCACAACCGAUGCGGUCACACCGACGAAGCAGCCGCCAGACCAACUGCAAGAUGUGACACGACUUGCACAGGUAACCAAACGAGCUCACCCAACGGCAGUCGACCCUCAGCGUCCAGUAGAACGAAUGGCACGGACACUGCAAUGCUCAGCCAUCGCAUUCCGCCUCAUGACCUUAGUGAAUUCCGGCAAACUCUUGCAUGGAGCAAUUGAUGGGAAUUGCGUCACAGAGCAGAGAAAAAGAACCCCUGUACAGCUCCACUUGGAAGCGGUGAUUCCUGAUGACAAAACACGUGCUGACUCUGAGUUAGAUGACUCCCUGCCUCAGAUGCUCUGGUUUACAGAUGAAGCAUGGCUACUCCGCAUGCGACGAUGUCCGCCGUGCAGGUUGCAACCCUUGCCUGAAGGCUUACGCCUACCGGAUGUUUGCUAUUGGCCAUUUAUACAUCCCAUGCCACCUGACCCUGACUCUACCAGCCAGCUCACCCUGUACCUGGAUGGGUCGGCGAACGGCACCCAUGCCGCAUGGAGUGUUGUAGCAACGUUACAAGUCACCCAAUCUGACCAGGUGAUCGAAGCAUUCAUUGGAUGCCUCUAUGGAGUGGUGCAGAUCUCACCUGCCCACCCCACAUGGGUGGGUGCCCAUACCAUGGAUAACGUUGCUGCGGAGCUCUCAGCACUUGCCUUUGCGCAGCAGGUAGCCUUGCGUUGGCCUCAUGAGCACAGCAUUUGUGUACGGCCUGAUUUGUCGCUUAGCCGACUUGUUGCAACUGCUACCACGGUCUGCAAAUCCAACAGGACGCUCUUCCAAAUAUGCCGGGCUCAGGGUUACUGGUUGGCCCAAAACACCCACAUCAAGGAAAUCCGCGGCCACAAAGGGUUUGCAUGGAAUGAACUGGCCGACACGGUUGCCAAAUGGGCCAUGCAUCAUGCGCCUGAGACAGCCACGGAUGAGUUUGAAGCCCUCCAUGACUUUGCCACCCACCAGCAUGACGUUGCCUGGACAUGGAUGCAAACCACUCACAAAUCAAUGACAGCUUGUUACCCCCCCCUCAUUGAGCAGCAGGUCCUGCAAAUCACGAAGUCGGACUUGAAGCUUAGGGUUAAGCCCAUUGAGCAUAGUGAUGAACUCCACCAAGAUAACAAUGAAAUCUCGUGGAUGCUUCGCACGACCUCUGCAAACGUCCUUGCUGUUGAUGUACGUAGUGUAAAAGGCAUGCCAUCCCGGCGAAACAGCCACCGCACCAUACGACUUGACCAGCAAUGGCACAAGCUCCAAACACAUGUCAUUGGAGUUCAAGAGGCACGCACUCCCCCGGGUCAAUAUCAGUCCAUGCACUACAAGAUUCUGGCAUCCGGAGCUACAACCACCAAAACACCGCUGUAUGGGUGUGAAUUGUGGAUUCAUAGGUCAUUGCCCAUGGCCCAAGCCAAAGAUGGCACACCUUUGACCCUUGGAGAUGCCAAGCUUGUCGUACACCAUGCCGAUCCCAGACGCCUCAUUGUCAGAGCCCAGCUGGAAUCCAUUAGCUGUACGUUCAUUGUUUUGCAUGCGCCCUGCCAAAGCAAUCCCGUACCAGGGCAACCAACGCCUGGUGAGAAAGUCCAAACCUGGUGGGAUGAAACCAGCCACAUCCUCACCAAAUGUGGCAUCACAGGAUUAUGUUGGCUGUUUGUUGAUGCAAAUGCUCCACUGGCCGACACAGCUACUGACCUCAUUGGCCCUCUCGGCGCUGAGCCCACGAAUGCAGCCGGGGAAGCCCUGACGGAGUUCCUACAAGCCCAUCGACUCGCAGCUUUUUUGGCGGCCAUGGAGAAGCUUGGUCUACCCCUUGAUCAAGUCCUUGCCAUGGCCACCUCGGCCGAACAGGAAGUUGCCACAGAGGGGCUGUCCAACCACCUCCAGCGUGUGCUGCAUGACAUGCUCACCAAUACACACUUCACCACCCAAGGGAUAGCGGAUCCAUGCCUCACCACGCGAGGCACCAGACCUGGAGACCCAGUGGCGGACAUCCUGUUCAACCUUUGCAUGUCCAAGCUGCUGACUGACUUCCACGCCAUGAUGGAAGAUGCAGGCCUGGAAGUCAACUUUGACAAAGGCAAAACCGAAUUGUUGUGGUCGAUCACUGGAAAGGGAGCGCGGGUGGCCAAAGAACAAGUCUUCCACUCAGGGCAAUGCCUUCGAUGGGACAGCAAUGCGGGUUCCUACAGUCUUCAUGUCUCUCAUCAGUAUAAGCAUUUGGGAACCUGGACACAGACCAAGCACAGACACACCAAGGAAAUCAAUGCCAGAGCCAGUGCAGCACGUCAACAAUGGGGGCAAUUAGCCAGAUCGUUCUUCACCAAAAAGUUGGCCCUGGCGACUCGAGCCCAAGUGUUUCAAAGCUUGGUAGUGUCCAAGAUGCUGUACAACUCGCAUGUAUGGACAGGUGUCAAAGAACCUGAAUGGGAUAAAUGGACGAACCAGCUCCGUGGGCCUAUUGCACUGCUUAUGAAGGGCGUCCUAGCAUCCGCCAGAAAGUUUAACCACACCACAGACCACCUUUUUGCCUGGUGUGGUAUACUGCCGCUGACCCAGCAGGUGCACGCAAACCGCUUGAGGUUUGCUCAGCGACUCUUCAAGCAAUGCCCGACCAUCACCUGGCGCCUCAUGCAAACUGAUGACACGAGCGGCUCCUGGACGCAGAUGCUUCGCCACUCGUUUCAGUGGCUGCAGCGCCACUAUGACAAGCCCCACGUUCUGCCAGCCACGACCGACCUCGCCCAUAUCCAGCUAGACCCCUACUGGAAGGGCAGGAUCAAGAAAGCAACACGGCUGGCCCUGCACUAUAACAUGGCCCAGGCAGAGCACUCGGUCUGGCAACACAACUUUGAGGCCACCUUGGAAGCAGCAGGUGCCACCCUGCCUAAGGACCCCACAGCCACACCCGGACCUGAGAGAUGGAUGUGUGAUCUUUGCAACAAGGUCUUCCAGUCCACCCGAGCGCUUGCUAUGCAUGCCAGCCGUGAGCACGGAUACCGGAAAAAAGUCCGAUACUUUGCCGUAGGUGACACUUGCCCUGUGUGUUGUCAGCUGUUUCAUACCAGACACCGACUGGCAAUCCACUUGGAAAAGAACCCAAAGUGCUACGACGUGGUGCAGGCCUGUUGGCCACCCAUGCCUCAGGACCAGGUUGACUCCUUGGAUGCUGAAGACAAACAGGUUGAAACGGAACUACGACGGGCAGGAUGGUGGGCCUCGAAAGCCUUCGACCCAGCCGUUCAGACAGCUGGACCCCGGCUUCCCCCCCUCCAUGACCCUGCCUGCGCAAUCCUGUACAACAAAAUGGUCAGCCGUCGCCCGCCUGAUGAGGCUAUGCACGCCUUUGCGGUUGACCAUUACACCGACAAGGUUGCUGCAGUGUUGCCUGACGAAUUUGCACCCUAUACAGAGCAGUUUUUCAUGGAUCACACUGAAGUCCAAA